AUGGCCAAUCUGUCGAUAACGGUGAUUCCGUCGGCGCAGCUCGUCGCCAGCCCCCAGCUCUCUACCUACGUCGAUUUCAUCAACGCGUGUUUCGGCACGGGACACAAACGAUUCCAUUGCUUCGGAGCGGCUCGAUUCGUGGAUCUAGACAGCUUCCGCAGCGAGUUCAGCCACCCAGGGUGCGUUCUGGCGGUCGCACGUGACCCCAAAGCUGGCGAGAUUGUCGCCGCAGGAGGAUACAAGCCGAAUGACGACGGAUCGGUCGACCUCAAGUGUCUCAGCACAGCCGAGCAUCUGGAGGGAACAGGCAUCGGCACGUAUAUGAACACGUACAUUGAGAAUCUGGCACGUGACCAGGGAUUCACAAAGAUCAACGCUGUGGUGGUCAAGGAACAUGGAGAUUUGUUGGGCUUCUACGAGCGACGAGGAUACAAGUCCGUGAGACACGAGCGGUUGGACGUUGGUAGUCCGGAAGUUGGAGGCAAGAACAUUGUAGAGAUUGUCUUGGUUCAUACUCAGAAGGAUUUGUAA